AUGUCCCCUCUCCCCUUGCUUCAUCUCAAUCCUCGAAGCUCGCCACUCAAAAGCAGGCCGGCCACCCCAGUCCACUUCCGCAAUCCAGCCUGCCCAUCCCCCAAACCUCAUCAUUCAGCCCCCGAGCGCUCGAACCGAUCCAAACCAGCUAUUCCGCUCACCUCACUCACCUCCAACCGCUCGAAACGAUUGCCCAAAUUUGCUGACGAUUCUCAACCGGCUGGCCCUGUCCAAUCAGCCCCCUCCACCACCAAGCCCUCUAAUCGAAAACCCACAUCGAAGCGCACCCGAAAACAUCGCGAAGGGACCACUGAUCAACCGCUCCCUCAUUUGUAUAACCUCUCAUUUCCGGAACCACAUCAAUUGCCCAUCGAUUCUCCCGAUCGUCUGAUUAACACCUCCCCCACCCCGCGAAUCUCAGAAGCAGCUAAAAAGCCCCAAGCACUUUCUUUAACCGACUUUUGCGAUCAGCUCAGUGUCCAGGUCCACGAUCAAUCCUUACAAGUCACCCCGCGCAUGUCAAAGAAAAAACCGAGCAGUCGAAAGUCCAAAAAAGGCGGCCAGCGUCGUGCUCCCAUGUGUCCUCCACCCAGUGACUCUGAGGACGUACUCACAUUUGACCACUCAAUGUUUCUUUCUCAAGAGUGUCCUUCCAGAAGCGCUACUCCCAGCCCCAUCAAAAUUUCCGAAUCUCCUGCGGCCCUUGAUGGAUCUACCUUCAUUCUUGACGAUGCCCAACUUGCUUCAUCCCCAGCUGCCUCCAAGCCUUGCAGUGCUUCCAACUCUUCCUCUCGUCGACCCUCCGACUCGCCCCCCUCCAUGCCUCCGCGUCAGCAUGUCCGCGCUAAGUCCGUUGCCUCUAUCUUUGACGCAGAGAAACCACAAUCGCCAUCCAAAACGCGAGGCGCUAAAGACGAUUGGGACAUGCCAUCCGCCGCUCCAGCUCAAGGGCUCACGUGGCAACAAAAGGAGAAGAAGGCCAACAAAUCCGCCCUGUCAGCCUCGACUGGUAGUCAUUUGGCACAAAAGCUUGCCCAACACGAUUCAAAGUCCUCAUCUGGUACCUCCGUUUCACCAAACCAUAAUCCAAAAGAAACUCCUGCACGCCGUCAGCGCACAGCCCUCGCUCGUACCUCCAGCGCCAGCACCCUGUCACGACCAGCCGCUUCCACUACCAUCAAACCCAGCCAAUCUUACUCAUCUCGCUCCGAUGAUGAAUCUGCGAUGACCUGGCAACAAAGCAUCCUCCGCCCGUCUCUCAGACACACCCUCCUUACCUCUCGAUCCGAUCAAUCGGUCAACCCCUCGGAGGCCAAGGAGGCCAAGUCCUGCAACAAAAAAAACCCAGCUCCGACUAGUAGCAAGACGCCAGUCAAGGCGGCUUCUAUUCCCCGCAAAGCUGGCAUGACCUCUGCAGCCAAGCCUCGCACCAGCGGGCCACCUUCCACAUCCAACAAGCGCAGGAACAGCUUGUCGUCAACCCGCACUCCCAUUGUCCAGCCUAUGGAGAACACUCCGAUUCACGAAAAGUCCCGCUCGUUAGGUCUCAAGAGUGGCGAAAACGUUUUCUGCGACUGGAAGUCAUUCCCGACCGGCCCAGUCGACGAGAAAUCCGCUUCAUCGAUCUUUUCAAACCCCUUACCCAUUCUUGGGGCCCAAGCCGAUUACAAUACCCCCGUUCGCCGUCAUGCCAAAUCAUAUACCCAUCAGCCGGCCGUGUUGACCCACAGCUUUGUGCAGCACUCCAGCCCGCCGAACAAUUCGGCCCCCGUCUUUUCGCACAUACCUGAUUUCAAGGACAAGGUUGUGACGCCUAGCAAGCCUAGGUCGACCAGUGAAGACUUGUAUUUAGCUACCCCUGGAUCUAAGCUUUCUUCUCCUGCUCUGCGAGCCGCCUUCAUGUACGCUGGCCCCCAGUUCCACAACAGCCCUUGUCCAGCAGCUUUGCCCGCUCCCAAAUUUUCCUUCGGUUCCGCAUAG